UAGAUCAGUUAAUGUCAAGUAGUCAAUCGUAAUAUAUAAGCAUUUAAUCGAACCUUCUUUUAUAUUAUCGUAACAAAAGUUAUAUCAAUUUGAAGUGUUUCAAUAUCCACAUUGCUAAGUUUUUAUAUAUAUUCAUAUUUUAUAAAUUACUUUAAAAAUAUUUAGCAAAAUGACUGUUAAUCCAGCUGAGUCAAUUUCCACAUUUUACUCUGGGCAAAGUAUACUUUUGACAGGUGCGACAGGUUUUCUGGGUAAAGUGUUUUUUGAAAAAGUACUACGAGCUUGUCCAGAUGUUCGUGAAAUAUUUCUGUUGAUGCGUCCAAAAAGAGAAUCAAAUAUUAACGAAAGGUUAAAAAAAAUAUUGAACUUACCGUUAUAUGAAAAACUAUACAAAGAGCAAUCUUCGAAUUUUGAAAAAUUGGUUCCCAUUUCUGGCGACAUCAAUGAGAAAGGAUUAGGUUUAUCAGCUGCAGACAGGCAGAUGCUAGUUGAACGAGUAACCAUAAUAAUACAUGCAGCGGCGGAUGUAAAAUUUAAUAACAGUUUAAAAAAUGUUAUAUUCGCCAAUAUCAGAGCAACAAGAGACGUCUGUAUUUUAGCUAAAGAUAUGAAGAAUUUAAUAGCUUUAGUGUAUGUUAGUACAGCAUAUACAAACGUGGAUAAACAAUUCAUUGAAGAGAAAGUAUAUUCCCCUGUAGCUGAUUGGCAGAAAAUGAUUCAAAUGGCUGAAUCGUUGGACGAACAUACUUUAAAUAUAUUUUCUGCUAAAUGUUUGGAUUAUAUUCCCAACACAUAUAUAUUUUCAAAAAAUCUAGCGGAAAGUAUAAUACAAGAUUAUUCUUCCUACUUACCUUGUGCAAUUGUUAGACCUUCUGUUGUGAUGUCAACGCUAAUAGACCCAUUUCCAGGAUGGAUAGAUAACGUUUAUGGUCCAAUAGGACUUUCUAUUGCUAGCGGAAAAGGAUUAAUACGAGUAGGCUAUUGUGAUAAAUAUGUUAAUGAAAAUAUAGUACCAGUAGAUAUUGUCAUCAAAACUAUAUUAACUGCAUCUUGGAAAGUAGGGUUGAACACUACUAGCUUUACAGCAAAUUCUACACCUUUUGUUAUAAACUGUGUAAGUCAGAAACACGCUACGUAUGAAGAGAGUAAAAAGAAAUUAUUCAGUGUACUAAAAGAAGUGCCUUUUGAAGAAAUCUGGACUCCUAAUGUAAUGUUGACCAAUAACUUUGUUUUAUUCUAUAUAUUGACGAUAUUAUGGCAUAUUCUACCAGCUAUAUUAAUAGAUCUGAUUUUAAAAUUUUCUGGACGUCAACCUAUGUUAAUAAAAUUGCAAAAAAAUGUGUAUGUAAUCAAUUGUGCUGUGAGUUAUUUUUCACUACAUGAAUGGAAAUUCGGCAACAAAAAUUGGUUUUCUCUAUUGUCAUCAAUACCAACUGAUAACAGGAAUACGUUUUCUUUCGACUAUUCUUAUUUUGAUAUUAGAGAGUAUAUAAAAAAUUGUACCAUGGGUGCAAAAAGACACAUUCUUCAUGAAAACUUAAAUCAACUGGAUGCAGUUAAAGCACGUAAUAAAAGAAUUUGUCUGUUGGUCACAGUGUUGAAAACUUUCAUCUCCAUUGGUAUGCUGUUGAUAGUAUAUAAGUGGAUUUACUCUUAAACAUUAUAAAAUUGUACACUAUAUUAUAUUUAUAAAAAAAAACUACGUAAUUUAUUAUAUUUAAACAGAUAUAGGGUAUAAUUAUCAGAAAAAAAUAAAUUCUUUAACCAGAAAGUAUUUCUCUUUGUAAGAAUUAUAUUAUUAUAUUUUCAAAAUUACGGGAUAUUUUAAAAUUUAAUACUGAACAUUAUGCAUA